AUGUCAGCACGUUCCCGCGAUACAAAUUGGAAACAUAAGUUACCAGUGGAUGUCUAUUCCUGUCAUGUUUCACCCUUACCUAUCAACGUAAAAUCGGGUGAAUUUAGAAGACUAUUCAAGGAAUACGAAGACCUCUGUGGUAUUUAUAUUUCCCGUGUAAAGAAACUGCAGAAUCAAAGAUAUACAUUUGGGUUUGCAUACUUUAAAAGCAAAACAUCAGCUGACCAUGCCGUCCAACAUAUCACAAAAAAUAUAGAUGGGUCACCUCUUGUAGUUAGCCAUUCAAAGAAACCCAUAGCUUCCCCUGAUCAUUCCAACUCAAAAUCAGAUCCCAUUGAUCUUGAUGAAUAUUUUGUCAGUGCUUUUAAGGAAACUUGGAAAGCAUUUGAUGAUCCAAACAAAGCAAGUUUAGAUUCCAUGCUUGACAGUAUCAGUCAUAAAAGAUUUGCGAAUUUUGAACACGAGGCACCGACCUGUGCCCUCUCUGUUGAUAUUACUGAGAGUACGACUAAAAAUCUAGAUUAUAAACUUUGGCGUACUUUCUUUCGAGAGCAAAACAAUAUUUCGAAGACUUUAAGAGAAAUGUCAAGAGACCAGGCAUCUUGGGAUAUCAAGAAUCUAGACAAAUAUGAUUCUAAAAAAUCAGAAUCCUUUUCCAAAGAAAAGGAACCAGAAAAAGAGGAAGAUGAGAGAUUAGGGACUCUUAGCACGUUCAACUCGCUAGGGCUCCAGGAGUGGUACACAAAUCUUCUGAUCAGCGUUUGCAUACAUCCAGUGUCUACUCAUGCGGUACAUCUUCUUCCAUUCACAAAUAUGUCAAUUGUUGGCAGCACCUCGUUCUUCACUUCCUUGGGGAGCAAGCUAACACUGAUGACUCCCCCUCCCCCAAGGCAUUUCCCUGACACUCUGUUCCAACAUGCCCGGUCUUAUUACAUCAAAAACAUUGCAUCGUUUGGUGCGACUGUUGUGAUUGAUCACAUUCCUUGA